AUGGAAGAGUGUCAUGGGGGAGUAAGGAAAAUGAUGCGGCAGGAGAGCUUCAACUUUGGUGUCGUGAGAGGGAUAACAAAUACUGCCUUUAUGCCAGCAAGACAGCGGGAGUCGACAUGCCGGUAUGUAAAGUUAUUGAUGUUUUUACUCUUCACUUCCAAAAGUGCUCUGACAAAAUCAAAACGUUAUUAACGAAGAAGUCGAAAUUUCUUUUCGUCCAAUACUGAAAACAAAUAGUACCAUGUGAGAGUACUGAUAAAGGGGUUUCGUCCAGGGGCUCAAGAGUAAGAACUAAAUGUUGUCGUUCCAUAAUUGACUCUGGGAGUGAUAGGGUUUUAACUAUGUACAAUUUAACAAUUAUUUAUAUUAAACCCUUUAUAUUUAAAAAAUUAGCUUAUUUAUGUGUUUAUGCAGUCACCUUAAUGUAUCUGUUGUAAUUUUCCGGUUCAUGUAAUUUUUUGUUUUUCUUUUGUUUUUGGGUAUGGUAAUGUAUGCUAAUAAAGUUGAAACAAAAGAAAAAUAAAAAUUACCUGACAUAAAAACUUAACUACAACAUAUCCAUUUAUUAUUUUAUAUGCUUUGUUCUUCAUUAAACAUUUAAAUACAGUAAACACCCACCAAUAAGAAACUGUGGAUUAAGAACCUUCUGGCAGAAAUUUGCCACUUUAAUACCCAUGCAAAAAUACAAGAACCUGUUUAGCCUAGCCUAUGUUGCAGCCAGCCCACACACUCGUCUAAACCAUUUGUAUAGUCCAUUUGCGAACAAGUGCAUAAAAGUUCAUUCUAACAUCCUGCAGAGUCGCAAAGACAUAUGUGAGUGUUUGUGAUAGGUAGGUUUCUUGCGGGUUAACGUUAAUGUUAUGCGCCUCAUGAUUGGCCUAAUUCUUCGCGUGCGCAUGCCAAUAUUAAAAGGCACAGUGACAUGUCAAAAUUCACAGAAGGGAGUUGGCAAUGAUCGUUUGCAGUUUACAGAAAAUAAUAAAAGAGCAGUUCAAACUUUAAAGCCUUCACAAAAAAAUACUUUGAGAGAAUUCCUUGUGAUUUUUUUAUAAGAAUUUGCUUGUAUAAAUUUGCCCACUGGUUUUCCAGCAUCUUUCAAUCACUGCAGAUGCACUGUCGCAUAUUCUGCAAUCUAGCCGACAGUUCUAGACUUCUAGCAUCCAAAAAAAAAUUCAGGAAAUCAUUAUCUUCACAGCCAAAAAUAAAACCUACUACAUGUGGCUAUCCAGGUCCAGGCAUUUUAGAGAAACCAAAGAAACUAAGGUUAUUUCGCCACAAGAAAAAAGCGUAAGGCUUGAAGUACGGUGGCCCACAGGGGACAUCCUGCAAAUAAAAAAGUUGCUGCAAAUUAAAUAAAAUUGCUGCAAAUAAAAUAAAGUUGCUGCAAAUUAAAUAAAGUUGCAGCAAAUAAAAUAAGGGAACGCGUCCAAAUAUCGGCGUCGGGUCAUACCGAUGCCGAUCAAUUGGGCACCGAUUUUUUCCGAUUCCGUUGAAGGUCGGACCCGAUUUUAUCGGCACCGAAUGAAAGGGAAUCGGCAACGGGUCUCAAGUCUUUAUCGGGCCAAUUAACAAAGGUCAUCAAAAAUAUCUGGCAGCUCAAAUAACCCGUCACAAAAGCAAAAGCAAAAGCGUGAAUGUUGUUUUUUAUAACCUUAUCUUUCUUAUAAAUGUGUCUUGUUUGAACCAAAAUUUAACGUCACGGUUUCGAACAUUUGUUUUAUUUCCUAUGACAGAGUAUGAACAGAAAAUAUUAAAUUUGUGUAUCAAAAUGGGCACGAGAAGAAACAACAGGCAUCUUUUGAGUGAAAGACGGCGCAAUGUACAUUGCAAGUGUACGAUGUGAUAAUUUUAAAAAAUGAUAAUUUUAAAAUAGCUUGAGCCUUUGCUAACCGGAAGCCAAAACGCAUGAUUAUAGGAAUCUUUGGAGGAAUAAACAGUUUAGGACUGUAAACGAAAAAAAUAGAAGUCAGAACAUCCACGACCAAAAUGCAAAUGUUGUUACCAUGUUGUGUACAACUGCUAAAUUGCCACAGGAGAGAAGAGGACAUCGUUUGAGAAUCAAGCUGCAAGUUGUUUAUUGGUUGCAUAUGAACUCAAAAAAGUGACUGAUGGAGGCGUUCAACUGGUUUUCUCUUUCUCGAUUGUCUUUCCGCUAUUAAAUUGAGUCGAACUUACCGGAUGUAUGCCAGUUUGCUUUAGUUGAACACUCCGGUAAAAUAGGUUCUGAUUUUUGUCAAACAGUCAGCCACCUAGAGUCAAGCGCAAAUUUUUCUAAGUGCUGAGAGAGGAAAGCAAUUUCACGUGGCACCAUGCUCAAGCUCACAGAACAUACAGCAAAGUCGCUAAGCCAUUCUCUCUUUGGUAGCUCCUGUAUGCCGGGCCUGUAUGAAACUUCGUUCUGUGUCUUCCGUGACCCGCGAGUGUGGGAAUCUUUCAGUUCCUGUUGCCAAUUCCCUGGAGACAAUGUGAGGCCGCAAUCUAAUUGGUCGGUAUUUUUUGCCUCAGAUCGCAUUACACCUUGCGUUUAGGAUCGUUGAAUGAAAGACGCAAAUUUUCGUAAAAGUUUAUCCCGUGGUUUUACAUUAUCCAUGGUUUUGCUCUCGCUCCGCUCACUAGGAAACCCGUUGAGCUCUUCUUGUAACAAGUCUAUGAAUCCAGCUGUGUUUCCAGAAAGUGAGUUCCGGUUGUGUUUUUGGAUUGCAUUGUUAGAAAUUAGUAUCGAGUAAAGAACACACUACUCAGUAUGGUGUUUUGUUUGCUAUAUAUCAGCGAAGAACAGUGGUGUUUUGCGUCGUAAUAUUUAGCUCCUUCUAAUUUUCAUAGAAUAAAUGUUAUGAAGCAGCGUGGUGUUUGCGAUCGACUGAAGGAAAUACCUCUGCAAAACGCCGAAAAUCACGUGUAUAGGCACGCAUCAAAUCAACAAACUCGAAACACAACAUGCAGAAACAAUAUUGCUAUAUAUUUGUUCCCUACCGAUAUUGGGACGCGUUCUCUAAAGUUGCUGCAAGUUAAAUAAAGUUGCUGCAAAUAAAAAAUAAUUGCAGCAAAUAAUAAAAAUAGUUGCUGCAAAUAAAAGCAGUUGCUGCAAAUUAAGUGACAGGAAAGUAUGCACACGCAUUGAUGGGAAGAGGAGGACUCAGUAUAGUUGUAAGGAAGUUAAAGGCAGACCUGCAAGGACUCCCAAUGUGGUUUUUGUGGUUGCGUUGAAUUAUCAACUGCCUUCAAGUUACAUUUUUGCACUCAAGCAUGUCUUUUGUAGGAUAUGAUCGGAGGUCUUAACCUGUUUUCAGCACUGCAGAGGCUGAUUUAUUAUUAGGCCUGUAGACUCCAGUUUGCCAUCAACGUCUUUUUAAGGUCUUGUACCGUUGGGUUAUAUGUUGUAAUGAAAGGUAAUAGUCUCUCUUUAUUUUUUUUGUUUAUGUUUUAGCUCCUAUCAGUGUCUCGAGUCAAGGUCGACCCCUGACAACGACCUUUCUAUAUCCGGCUUAGGAUUUUGUGUGCUUCGAGUUCACAAGGCACUCUUCAAAUGUUUUUUUUUGAGGAGUUUUUUCUAAUCAAUCUUAUUUCUUCGCCUUUAAUGAAACUUCUUUUUUCCCCCCAAAGGGUGGAAUGAGGUAAAGUGUACUUAUUGAAAGGUUUUAGGCGGCUUAUAGUAGGAUUUAAUGUCCAAUGAAGAUGGAUUUCUCUGUGAGAUGUUCUCCUUUGAAAACUGUUGUAUCAAGGAAAGUUAUUUCGUUAUUUCAUAUUUCGGCCGUGGACUUCAUUUUUGGGAUGGGAUUUGUUCGUUUCUUUAAGAAAAAGUUGGGUCUUUUCUGUUACAGUCUCAAAGAAAGGAAACGUCACCAAUGAAACAUUUCCAUCGGUAUUUCUAUGUUGGAUUAGGUUUGUUUCAGUCUCCGCCUUGUAGAUAUUUGCAAAGGACACCGCUGUUUUUAUGCCUAAUGCAACUCCAUUGGUUUGACGAUAAUUGUUUCCAUUGAACUCAACUAAGGUUCCUGUCACUGAGGAUUAGGCCAAGCAUUUUGUGAGUGGGCCCUGGAUACAACUAUACUGAGUCUUCCUCUUCCCAUCAGUGCUUGCGCAUAAUUUCCUGUCACUUAAUUUGCAGCAACUGCUUUUUUUUGCAGGAGAUAUUUUUUUUGUUCGCUGCAAUUAUUUUUUAUUUCCAGCAACUUCAUUUGUUUUGCAGCAACGUUUUAUUUACAGCAUGUCCCUUGUGGGCUGCCAUAUUACACAGAGGUAAAAGAAAAUCAUUUCGUGGUAAACUGCAUAAAUUGUGAUCAAAUCCUGUCAGAAAACAUCUGCAGAAACAUAAACCAUAGGAACUAAUUGCUCAAUAUGCAUGGAACAGACUAGCUUCCUCAACCUCUAAAUGUGACACUCAAAGUGGUAAAAUAAAAUUUGCUCAGUGUAGAAUACUCCAUGGACUGCAUAAACACAAAAAGAGAGCAAGAAAAACCACUCUUGUUCAAGCUGGCUCAUCGGUCACGUUAAUUGCACUAUCAAAAGCUCAGUCUCCCCUCUCACAAGCUAUAUAUUAUAUAUAUUAGUUGUGUUUGGCCUGUCAAUGCUCAAUUCAAAUCAGGCUAAUCACAUUAAACUGUGUAACAAACGAGCCAAUCAAAAAUGCUCACAUAUGUCCUUGCGACUGCGGGAUUCAAACAUGAUAUUGUGAAGCAAGUUAAGCCUAAGAAGAUCAUCAUUGCAAGUUACAUGUAAGCUUAAAUUAUGAUGAACAAUUUAACAAAGGGAGGUAACUAUCAGUGGUAAAAAGGGGGCUACCUAUGAGUUAUUUUUUAAGUAUAUAAUCAUAAGUCUUGCUUGCUCAAGAAAUGAGGAGGUAAUUACAUCUACAUGAAGCAGGAUUUUCUUGUGACAAGUUUUUGACUUCCUACUUUAUCGACAGUCAAGUAUUCUUCAAGAUAUUUUAUUUUAUAUAUGGUAUUUGACAAUUUGUUUCUGAAUUGAUUGAAUACAUGUGCAUAAAUACACAAAAAUUAAGGGCCUAGAUUCGAGUAUGAGAGAGCAAAAAAAAAGAUGAACAUGGCAUGUCAUUUAGUUCAUCGCUGAAAAUGAAACAAUGAAAGUUUACAACACCCGACCAGUUAGCCUCACCAUCUGCCCCAUUGAUAGAAGUUUUGCUCAUUAAGAUUCUUCUUUUACUUGACCACUUGUUCCAAAGUAAUCACCACUUUUAAGCAAUAGAAUUCGUGGAACAACCUAUUCCGGAAAAGCUCUAAAUCUUUUGCAUUAACUUUUCCUAAGCUUUCUUCACAAAACAUUCGUGGCGAGCUCCUGAGUCAUGCCACAAUUCAUUAUAUCCCCAGUGUCCAUGGUCUCCGCUAUGUUCAACCCUGCAGGGACCAUGUCUUCCCUUUUGUGGACUAAAUACAAGGAACAAAACAUGGCUUACAGAUUCUGAAUCUGCAAUUGAGACCAACAAGAAAUUUGGUCAUCAGUUUUGUUAGGGUUAUAUGACAUAAUACAAUUAUUAUGAAUAACUUUAAAAAGUUUAAAAUUUAUUUUUGUGAUUUUAAAUCAACAAUCUAUCUCCUUCAUACGUAAAAACUAAGAACCUAAUUAAGAACCUACUAGCCUAAAUUGCCAUUAAGUACCUCAUCAAAAUACAAGAACCUAUUUUGUUAGACUUCAAGUGAGAUGGCCACCACGGUAGCUUUAUGCACCACAACAAUAGGUUCAUGAGGAAUUGAAGUGAGUGAGUUCACUUGAUAUGUAAGAACUUUUAAUGAAUAAACCAGUGCUUUGUUUACAUUUGAUCAUUACCAAUUCACUGAGGUUAUAAUGUUUAGUGUCAUGUUUAGUGUCAGCAGAAAAUACAUGUACAUUUAACAACAAUAUUAAAACUGUUUAAAAAGUUUAAAGAAAAACUUGCAGUGACUCCAGUAGCUAUUACAUGUAUACCUGCAUAGGUUCAUGAGAAAAUUGAAACUGUUACCUUCCACACCAGGAUGCGGUUUAUACUUCCCCCCACGGAGGGCAUCAGAAAUUCCAGUGGGAAGGGGGUCCAAGAGAAGGCAAUUUCCAAGGGGGGUGGGGUCAGAUUCUCAAGGUCUUUUUUCCAGGGACUUUGAAUGAAACAAGAAUUAUUGUUUUUAUUGAUGAUCAUACAUUUAACAGUUAUAGCUGAAUGCUUUUUUCACAGCUUUAACCUGUAUGAUAUAGUCUACAUAUCUAAUAUGAAUGUCAUAUCGGCUCAUGAAUAAUGCUGGUCAUCCAGCUCAUUGCUUUACAUUUCACAAAAAUGCUGCUGUGUUAAAGCAUAGUCGGCCAAGAACUUCUGACACUGCUAUGUGGGCCUCUCUAAUAGUUGCUGGACUAUAUUUCUUGGCUUUUCUCUCAGGGGCUUGCCAUUUAGUCUCACGUUGUGUUGCACAACAGCUUGAUUCAAACAACUCUGUGGAUUUGCCUCGUGGCCCUUCAGUGGUAGCAUAUACAUGUAUAUAUGUAUCGCAGCUUGAAUCUUUUUUGACUCUCUUAACUGCUGAUUUAUCAAAGGAUAAUUAUGCUGCUGCACAUAAAUGACUCGAUCCAAGUUAUCUUUGCAGCAAGAUUUAUUUGGAGACAACAUUCUAACAUGACAACACUUCUUUUUCAUCGAAAAACAUGUGAUUUGUUUUUCUUAAAAAUUACAUGAUUUUGUGUACCUUGGUGAUUUUGUUACCAAGGUUUGAUACGCCGUAACGCAAUUCCUUCUUGUGUGAUCAACAUGAAAAUAAUUAUUCCAUUACAUGUGGAAUUUAAUAUUGUUUUAAAGGACAAAAAUAUCAUUAAGGGUCCUUAUAAUGGCUUGUUUUAUUUUUGUAUGAUAAAACGUCAAUCCAGAACAGUUUUGUCCAGUUUAUUAUGUCUCUCAUAAGGUAUUGUGUCCUUGGUUUUCUGUGACAUACACCUCUACUCACUGUUAGUAAUGAACAAAGAAAGACCUUUACAUGCAAGGCAAAACUGAGAACAUAAGACACUGUUUUAAGAUGAGUAAAAAGAUUUUUCCUCUCUUUAUCGCAGAAAACAUGCAAUUAUCUUUCACAUAAAAGUAUAGUGCAACAGCAUUUUUGAUGAAAUAAAUAUUCUCUUCAGGGGGGUCUCAACUAAGUUAGAUAACAGAAAAUUCUGUGGCGUGGUGUGUAUGACAAGCAUCCCCUAGAAUGGAAAUUAUAGGGGUCUGGGUGGUCUAAAGUAAAAGUGCCCUGCAAAGGGGUGGGGUUGGUCGGGGGGGUAUUAUGGAUGUUUUCUGGAACUACACAUUACAGUUUACUCAAUCACAGUCAACUGUAAGUUGUGAGUCAGGCAACAAAUAACCCUUGUUUUUAAGAUGUUUUGUGGUAGAAGUGGUUUUUAAACUUUCUUUGCAAUAUUAUUUCAACUCAGUUGCUUUAAAUGUCAGAGAGUAGGUUAAGUUUCUUGAAAUUGAUUUCUUGGAAUCGAACCCAUUACAGUUGCACCUCUCUAAUACGGACACCGAAGGGACAGAGCGGGGGAAGUGUCCGAAUUAGAGAGGUGUCCAUACAAAAGAAGUCACUACGAUGACAUCACUUAAAUUGUGACUCCACUACAGUCUUACAGUUUUAAGUGUUCACUAGCUAAAACUAGGUUUACACUUGUCUUGAAACUGCAUUGAAGCUCAUUGAAGUUUAUUAAUUCACAGUACUAAGACACUGUCUUUCAGUAGCAUACAAAAUUGUACAUAUCAGCUACAUAUGUACAGUCGUAGACAUAUCACUGUUUUAAGAUCAAAAGAGCUACAGCACAAUGCUGGAUGUAAAAAGUUGUAACGUAAAGCACAAUUCUGAAAGCGCCUUUCGCUAUUUUGCAAGUAGUAAACAGUAACUAGAGUACAAAAUGUAAUGGAAAAGAUCUUCAUGGUAUCUGUAGUUGUUGAAGCCUUCAAAAAGUUGUUUGGUAUACAGCGACUGGGCUUUUGAAGUCACCUUGCAUAGCUCAUCAGCCAGACUAGAUGGGAUUUACCCGUGCAAAUUCACCUGAUCGAGAUUCGGAAUUCACCUGAUUACUAGAGUGUCCGUAAUAAAGAGGUUAAGUUUAUAUUGAAUUUACUCUCUGGGGCCAAAAUUUAGUGUCCGUUGUCCGUAUUAGAGAGAGUCCAUAUUAUAGAAGUAUAUUUUUAAGGUCAAUAUAGGAGAAUUUUGUCAGGACAUUGGAAACUGUCCGUAACAUAGGAGAGGUGUCCGUGCCGAGAGGUAUGACUGUAGUUUAGUAGGAGAAAGAGAAAUCCAUUUUUGGUGUGUUUACGUCCUCCAUAAAAAGUCCACUAACAGAGGGAAUUUUAUGUGGCUUUUAUAUAUGCAGUGAUGUCAAAAAAGUGUGUCUUCUUGUUUGGCCUAGGAGAAGUAUAAAAUUAAUGUAUUUUGCUUUUUUGAUGUCUUUAUUGCUGUUGCAGUUGUUGUUGCUACAGCUCUCUAUUUUGAUCUCAAGGGGUGCAGUGUCAUGACAUAUGGAAAAACCCACGUACAUAAAUUUGUAUAUAGUGAAACUACCGGUUAUUACGAAAAUGUUGCUGUGUUGUUAAGUGGUACUUUUUACACCUACAGUGUAAGUGCAAAUAAAAAUGAAACUUUCAUCAUUAACGAAGACAUGAAAAAUCAUGAAUAUUUUGUUAUUUGAAAACUCAGUGAGGCUAAUAUUAUUAUUUUCAGCUUGAAUUAUUCUUGCAUCUUGAACAGAUUGCUGAAAAUAUUUUGUCCCUUUUGUUUUGCCAUUUAAAGGGAGUCAGAAAUUUGCAUUUAGGAGGGUACAGUGUUGUUAAUUUACGUGAUUUUUGUAGAAUGAGAUUUUAAUAGAUCAAUUGAAAAUUUAUGGUAUAGCAAUUUACAAGUUUAGAAAGUUAGAAAGAAUUGUACGUGAUGUUUCAAAAGCUGAGUAGCAGACACAUUUAACAUUCAAGUUUGUUUUGUAGAUGUUUUAAAAUUAUAAUUGUUGUGACUUAACCUUAUGGAUUAAUUAAGUUGGCCAAUGGCAUACAGUGUAUUUUGUAUUUUUAUUUAAUCUACGGAUUUCGUAGUUUUUUAAAGUACAAAUUCAUCAAAACACAAUUUUUCACAAAUUUUUUCAACACUCUGUCACCAAUUUGGCACACCAUUAACAGGGUGCAACAAAAGUGCUAUCUGAUAGCCCAGGGCUAGUGAAGCAACUCAUGAGGUGUCAAUUGAGUAAGCAGCAUUUGCCAAGAUAAAGAGUAAUCUGAAAUGCUACAGAGAAGGGGUUGGUUGACCAGCAUGAAUGCUGUACCAUGGCUGCUAAACUUCAGCAACAGUUUGCCCAAAGGGCAAUGAGUUUUAAUUUUCAUCUCGCCCUGAUUCAGGCACCUAACAGCUUCUUCUCAGUAACAAAGGAGCUGUAACAUUAAGCAACAGUAAGGUCGGAUUUAGGGGUGGGCCAAAGGGGGCCUUUUUUCCUUGAAAUUAUUUUGUAUUAUUUUUAUAGAACUCUCGGAAUAAUAAAACGUUUCUAUAUAGCUGGCAAGUGGGCAAGUGUCCCAGCCACCCUUUUCUGAAUUUUCUGGAUCCACCCCUGGCAAGAUGCUGGUAAGAUGAGUUCAUGAGAGAUUUGUUCAUUUUUGAUAACUUAUUUAGAGACCAAAAACCAAUUCCAGCAUACAGCAAAUAAUACAAAAUGUACAUGUACAUGUAUGCAGCGUGCAAAGAAAGUAGUGUCCGAUAGCCCGGGGCUAGUGGAUUUUGCUAUCGGGCUAGUGAAUUCUGUUUUUAACUUGCCCAUUGGGCAAGUUAAAAACAGAAGAACUGUGAAAUCAAUUCUGCUAGUCAAAAAGUUUUUGGGGCUAUAGUUAAAAUGACGUCUGGGCUAGUAAAUGCUAGCUUCAACUUUCCCGAAUGGCAAGCUGUAAAAAUGAUUUUCUUUGCACCCUGUGUAUGUAUUGCAUGCCAUUGUCAAAAUGGAAUAAAUUAUGCAAAAGAUUCCAAUUAAACCCCACUAACCCAGUGUCCCAGAGAAGACAGAAAAAAUUUAUAAUAACUCGUGAUCAGGUUUAUGGAGAUGGACCAGAUGGAGAGAUCUAGGUUGGGAGGUACAUGGGAAGGAACUAAUAAUUUUUGUUGUCAGGGACUUGACUGACAGCCUUCUUUGUGUAUUUCCCUGCAGUAAUAACAGUUGCUUAUGCUUGUCAGUAGAUCGAUGACAAGUGAUGAUGGUGUUUCCAUCCCUUUUUCUAAUAGUUUACAGGGUUCUAUCUAGGAUUUAUCAUUUGGGGGAGAAGUCCUGCGUAGCCAAAGGCGACAAGCCUCCUAGAGGGGUCCGCAAGUCACAAGUCAUGUUCACAAGGACAGUUUAUAGUUGCCUGUCAAAAACAAGAUAUCUCUUUAAAUCUCAAAGUGCCGCCGGCCCAAGUGUGUUCAUUGCACUCUGAUAUUAUAUUAACUUAGAAAAAUUUAGUAGGUUUCAAAAAAUUGUAUAUUGGACUUAAAAAAGAAUCAAAAUGUUGAGCCAUUACCCCAACCAGUAUAUAUUAUAUGCUAACAACCUCAUCCAUGUUGGUUUUUAAAAUUGAGCAAAUAGUGUAAUUGAUCAUCCUUUCCUUUGGGACACCUCCAUUCAGGGGACAAAAAAUUUGGUCGCAGAAAAUGUGCACAUAAUCUUUGUAUCUAUUAACUCUAUUGAAGGGACAAGUGACCUCUGCUCAGAGGAAAGGGAGUCUUUUUCUGGGUCCAGAAACCUGGGUCUAUUUCAAUGUCCAUUACCGCAGGGAACACCUCAGCACUCAGAAAGUCAUUGACCUCAAAGAGGGCUGAUAUCAUUAAGUGCACACUAAUAAAAAAAUGGAAGCUUUCACAAACUGAACUAUCUCACACAAAUCAAUGAAAUGCACUUGAGUGAAUUCAACAUAUAAUUAUAGCAGAAACCACAACAGGUUUAUUCAGUAUUACCAUUUCUGUACAGGUGUUACCUAUUAAAAAAAGUAAAUUAAAUUAUAUAAAAAUAGAAAAUAAAAACAAAAUAAAUAAAACAAUAGGGAGUUAAAGAUACCACGACGGUGACGGCCACGAAAACGUCGCCUAAAAAGUAAAUUUCCAUUCUUGCAGUCUCUAUCGCGAUUACUCCAACUCAUUUCUCCAACUCAUUUACUUUGCCAAAUGUAAGCGAAGCCUUUUUGAGUUUUUGAGCCGAAUUCCUAAGAAUCAUAUUUAAGUUCAGGAACAGGGGCGUAGCUAGGAUUUUUGAAGGGGGGCGGGGGGGGAGGCGGGGGGAGGGUUUGACUCUGUGUCAAACCCAGAGUACUUACCAGUUUGGCAUAUCGAUAUCCAGGCCGUGUUUUACUAAAAGUGACAUUUUUUUUUUGCGGAUGGGCAGCGAGCGGUGGGGGGAGGGACGAGCCUACAAAAUAGCUGCAUAGAUUAAUUAAGUUCUACCUAGCAUAAAUUACUCUCUUUUAGUUACGAACAAGAGCAUGGUCCAUUACAGAUGUUCGGUCCUGCAAAUGGAGUAAGUAACAAAUGUAGCACUGGAAAAGAUUUAUCGCAUGUUGAUUCUUCAGAUUCGCGCGUUUUGGCCACCUGAAUUAUAGGGACAUAAAACAAUUAUCUCACAAAGGGGACCACACCCUAGCUACACCCCUGAGGAAGAGAAAGAUAAUUUAGCCGUCGCUUCUUUAGGUCCUCCAUAAGACGUAAAAUUUGGCAUUUCCCUGUCGUAGUCAUGCAGUGAUGGCAAAAAAAUGUACAAAAUGCGUGAUGCACAUCCAGAGUUGUUGCUUUGCCUAUUCAUUUCAGCCUACUGCCUUUUUGAUGUUUUGUUUGUCGUCGCCCUUGUGGCAUCUUAAAGUCCCUAAUGAUGAUUUUUUUAUGCUGUCUUUGUUGGUUAAUUGUUAACAAACUCCAGCCCAACCUCUAAUCAGGGGGAACCUCUAUUCAAGGGACACUUGCUUUGGUCCUGAGGGUGUCCCCUGAAUAGACGCUUCAUAUCAUUGUGGUACUAGUGAAAUCUCGGUUAAAUGGACGGUGUAAUUGUAUUCAGUUGUUAUUUUGCGGUACAGUAAACACCCGCAGCAGAAAUGAGAAUCUUCUUUUCUGAAGUCUAGCAAAUAAAUUAUAAGUUCUUGUAAUUUGGGGUACCUUAUGGGCAAUUUAGGCUAAGUAGGUUGUUAAUUUUUAUGAAGGAAAUAAUAGAUUGUCGAUUACCAGAAAAAUAAAUAAGCUUUUUACUUAUUAACAAUUGUGUUAUUAUAACCCUAACAAAACUGAUUACCGAAUUUAUGUAUAGUUUCAUAGUACAGUAUGUUUUUGUUGUAUUUAAAUUUACAACUCAAAGUUACACUCCUUUGUUAAAUUGUUUGUCAUAAUUUAGCUGUAACCCACAUAUAAGAACCUGCUUGAUUUUGCUUGGCUAAACAGGUUCUUGUAUUUCUGGGUAUUAAAGUGGCAAUUGUCUGCCAAGAGAUUCUUAUCCAAGGUUCUUAUUAGCGGAUGUUUACUGUAACUGCCUCUAUAAUUAACCCAGUCAAACCUGUAUUACGCGGUCACCAAAGUCCUGGAAAUAGGUUCCCUUGAUUAUUGUGAAAACUGAUCUGUAUUUAGCAGUUACCGUACCUCUAUUGAGCAGACGUGGUCACCUGUUUUCGAGGUCCCAAUGAGUAAUUUUUUAUUGUCUUCCCCUCCAUUAAACUGUCCCUUUGUCAAGUUGUGCCAUACUAGUGCAAAAGGAUACACUCUGUAGGGCGUUUAGUGGUCUUUUACAGACUUACCAAGCCCCGAAAGGUAAAAAUGUGAGAUUCUGAACCUAGAGCAGGGAAAAGUAGUGAGAAAUGGCUAAAAAGUCGUGAGGUGUCCCAAAUGUCCCAGUGGAGGACGUUCAGUGGAGAUUAUGGGUUUUGGAAAUCACCAUAUCACUUUAAAGCUGGAACAGUAAACAUCACAAUCAAUUUUACGAUUUAGUUUUUGUAAUUUGUAUGUUUUAUUGGCGCCACCUUGAGACAAGAGAAACAGUAAGUCUGCACAUUUGGUGGCAGCGGCAAGUUGCGCGGUAGGCUAAAAGAAUAGUCGCGUUUGAUUACAUUCUAUUACCGUUUUCUUUGAGUUGAGCUGGCUUUCUAUUGAUAUCUAACUUAGAAACGACCCUACAGCUCCAAAAUUGUUUGGAGUUUGACUUUUCGAGAAAGCGUGAGAAAUCAGUUGCCAACUCGUGAGAGUGUGAGACAGGUCCUAAAAUCGUGAAACUCAUGACAAAGUCGUGAGACUUGACAAGUCUGCUUUUACUUCCUUUAUUUUGGCACAAGAAGGCUACUAACAGUUUGAGGUCAAUUUGUUGUGGGAUAGAUAUUUCGCUCUUUCACCAUCUUCAUUUCCAUGACUAACACUUAGGUUUGCAAACCCGACAACCUGUAUUAAGCGGUGAGUAAGCCAUUCCCAAGGAUGACCGCUUAAUACAGGUUUGACUGUAAAACUUAAUUUAUAUAAUUAUCUUUCCUUACCGUUUCAGUUUCGUAUCAUUCCUGAAACUACAAUGAAGGUCACCAAUGAUACAGUUACAAUUAGUGAACUACCGUUCUGGGUUGGUGGAAGAAGAAAUACUGUUCAACUGAAAGAUGCUGAUCCAAAUGAGCUUCAGCUUUUUAUCGAAAAGUUACCCGCCUCUAUCAAAGGUAAGACUAAGAGUAUGAAAUGUAAUUUCCAAUACUUUUUUUGAUUUUGGUUUUUGAACAAAGAGGCGCAUGGUUGAACCUCUAGCUGUACGUGAUGUAGUGUAUAGAUACAGGCAGAUCAAGCUUAUGGUGAGAGUUCAGGAGUUAGUUUGGUUGUUAUAAAGCCCUACAGGUGCAGUCAGACAAAGAUGCAGGCAGCCCAAGCUUAUGGUGUCAGUAAGUAGUUAGGUUUUGGUUUUUGAAUUAUGAUAAAAUCCGUACAUAUGUAUGGAUACAGGCAUCCCAAGCUUAUGGUGUGACUAGUUAGUUUUGGUUUUGGUUUUUGAAUUUGAAGGCAUAUUGGUUAAACCUGUACAGGUAGUCAGGCAAUGAUACAGGCAGCCCAAGUUGUUGAUGUCAGAAGUUAAAUAGUCUGUAGGUUUUGAUGUUUGAAUUUAAAGACAUAUGGUUAAACCUCUGUUCAUGUGCAAGGGUAACGGGGCUGUAAUUAUUAAAAGUUUUAAGUGAAAUUUUCAGACACAAUGAUGAGCCAGUUAUAAAAGCAGAGUUUCAAUUAUAAACGGUGUUAAACAAAAUCGCGUUCUGAACGCUUUUAAAUUUGGUCUACUUUAGGCCUUUCCGUGUCCGUUACGCUGCAAAAUAUUAUAAUUCAUAGAAUUAACGCAAAAUGUAAUGACAUUAAGCAUUUUAAAACAGCUUUCUGAACAAAAUGUAGGAAUUACAUAACGCAAAGUGUCACAAAUUUUUAGCGCAAAACGUAAUAACUUCUUUUGCGCGAAAUGUUACAAAGCAAAAUGUAACAAAUAAAGCUGUUAAGAAAAGGAAAACCUGGCAAGCGUGAGCGUGUAAGCCUCCUUUUUAAGGAUUGUCACGAGACCCGCCAUAUCAAGGUGUUCGAUGCAAAAAUUAUUGCGCUUUAUUGAAUUGAAAAAUCUUUGAAUAUUUCUUUGCACACUUUCGGAAGGGUAAAUAGUCGAGCAAUUAAACUUACCAAACGAGAUGGGUCUAAGAAAAACUAUUUUUUUACCCCUUCUAUACCUGUUCUUUCAAUAGGCUUACCGUGUUUAGUCGAUUACAUGUAACGCUGCCCUGGAAUAAACGUUCAAUUAACGCUGUUCUCGAAUAAUCGCCGCACACAACCAGAGGAAUGCGGCGUUUAUUCGAGGAUUACAAAAACACUCGGUACAACUGGUAGUCUACACUGGCCCUAACCACAUGUUGCUCCAAAAUGUCGAAAAAGGUGCUUGAAGUUGCUUGAAUUUUACAAAAAGUUGCUUCUUAAGUAAAAUCGAAAUGACAUGAGUGACAGCCAUUUUCGCGUUUUUAAGACAAACGCCGCUAGUGAAUUACAAUAAUGCAAUUCAAAACUACUUGCUUCUUUGCCCUGUUUGUAAACACAACUGCUACAGGUGACAUUCAAACGUACAACUGUGGAAUGUCUUUCGUUUUCCUGCGCAAUAAGAGUACUUAAUUAAGUGAUUUUACUUUACACGUGAUUGCCGAGAAAUAGUUCAUGACAAUUAUAUAACACCAAAUAGUUACAAUAAAGGAAAAAAAUUCGUAAUGGUCGCAUAAAUCAGUCAGUAUCGUGUGAAAAAGAAUGCUGUGAGUCGAAAUUCCUUCAUGAGAUCCGUAUCUUUGUUCUCUUUGGUUUUCUAGCUAUUGCAGCGUUUUCAGGCUUACUUAGAUUUGCAUCGAGCUUUUUGGCUUCGCUGAUAGUAGUCAGAGUUAGAGAGUUAGAAUUUUCUUUCUCUAAACUAACUGAAGAUUCAAUGUUUGCCAUCAUUUUGAAAAAGGCACGAACGGCUGACCCCAAAUCGCGGGUAGUGUAACUGAGAAGCAGGGGUGGGUGUUAGGUGGCUGAGGGGUGGGGGAUGGGGCACAAAUUUCGAUUUUCACGUUGUUAAAUGAUAUCUAUAAUUAUAACAUUAAAGAACUGAAAUGUCCUUAUAAGGAUAUAUAACAAGGCUUAAACAGUAUCAUAGGACUGUUUAAUUGCCUUAUGUUGCUUAAAAUUUAAUCAAGUUGCCCCAAAAACUAAAUGUUUCUCCAAAAAGUUGCCGAGCAACUUGUGGCUAGGGCUAGUCUACACCAUCCGGACUACUACAAUUCUAUCUUAAAAUUAAGAAACACCACGGCUUUUUUUAUAGGGUAUAUCACGCUGGUUCCUACAUGCUUGUUCUUAUAGUCAACGUGACAUUUCAUGGCUUUAGAUUCUGGUCAAAACACAGCCGGUAUAUAGUCCCGGAUUACUAAAUUUUGACUAAGAUUUAUCGGAUCAUUAUACGUCUCUGGCCAUGGGAAACUGCCCACCUACCCCUCCCCUAAAGUGAAAUGUCCUCCUUCACCGCAGGAUAGGAUAUAUAUUCACGAUUCGCUUUUUUUUCAGUCUGCGUAAAAGACAUAAAUGUCUGUUUUUUUACACCUCUUUUGUGCCUUGCAAUAAGGAAUGCAACAUAAAAAGUUUCUCUUAGCCACUUUUCCAGUGCAUGUAACUUUUAUCGGUAUAGAAGUGACUAAGUUUUUACUUUGACUGUUUUUUAUACAUGUAGCUGAAGAAUUUAGUUUUAUAUUUUACAUUGUCACAUCUCCGGUUCGUCUCUCCGCACCUUCUCGAGUAACGACCUGUCUAACAUUGGAAAAUAAUAAUCAAAAAAGCAACAAACAAGCAAUGUUAAGUAACAAUGGGGCGAAAGAAACCAUUCUAAAUUUCAUUUUAUUCAUCAAUAUUUCGUUUAUGCACAGUUGUCACUCAUUUUCAAGAGAAGAAAUGCAGUGCAUUUUCUGUUAAGUCAAGGUUUUUUUUUAGGUAAAACCAUAUGCUCCUGGUAAAACGUAGUCUGUUUGCCCAUGUUACUCAAGUGAUUUUGAUUGCUUUGUAUCCUUUUUGAAUUAUCCUUUCAGAAAAAAUGCAAGAUCUACGCGAAGCAAACUCGACAAGCCGAACCUCAGAAUUAGAAAGACAGUUGAGGGAUUUUCAGCAACGUGAAGAAAAUUUCCAGAGGCAGUUAAGAGAUACACAACAACGCGAAGAGAAUUUACAAAGACAGUUCAGAGACCUUCAGGAACGGGAACAGAGCGCUCAAAGGCAGCUUACGGAGUCGCAGCAGCGUGAACAAAAUUUGCAGCGGCAACUCAGAGAGCUUCAAGAACAGGAACAAAAUUCUCAAAGGCAGCUAACGGAGUCUCAGCAACGUGAACAAAAUUCUCAGAGACAGUUGAGAAAUUGCCAAGAACAAGUUUCUGAACUACAGUUAAGUCUUUCAACAGCUCAGCUAACAAUAAAUGAAUUUCGCAGCCAGGAAACACGUGACUGGGUUAUUACCCGCGACGAAAUUCAAAUCACAGAUAAAUGCCUUGGGAGGGGAGGAUGGGGAAGUGUCAAUGAGGGAACGUAUUGUGGCUGUACUGUAGCAGUGAAACAGAUCCAUGAGUUGAUUCUUUCUCCGCAUAACAUUAAUCUGUUUGAGAGAGAAAUGAAUAUCGCAGCAAAAUGCCGCCAUCCUCACUUACUACAGUUUAUCGGCGCCACAAAAGAUGAGGGAACUCCUCUGUUUGUAACCGAGCUGAUGGAGAAAAGUCUGCGCACUUUGUUGGAUCAGCGGCAACUCUCCGAGACAGAAAUACGCACCAUUUCUCUGGAUGUAGCACGUUCCCUGAACUACCUUCAUCAGAAGAAACCAGAGCCUAUCAUUCAUCGUGACGUCAGCAGUGCAAAUGUGUUGCUAUGGCGACAAGGUGAGGAAUGGAGAGGCAAAGUGUCAGAUUAUGGCACCGCUAAUUUCAUUCAGCAGACCAUGACAGUGGCUCCUGGAGCUAUGAUUUACAGCGCACCUGAAGCACUUACAUCAAAGCAAACAGUCAAGGUUAGUUUUCAUUAA